UAUUAUGAAGAAGGAACAGAUGGAAUAUUGCUAAUUGAUGCUAGUAACGCUUUUAACCAAAUGAAUAGGUCAGCCGCCUUACACAAUAUCCAGAUCAUGUGCAAAGAAAUGGCGCUCUAUGUCAUUAACACAUACAGAAGCCCAUCUAGACUGUUUAUUUGUGGGGGAGGUGAAAUACUUUCUCGAGAAGGCACCACACAAGGAGAUCCGCUAGCGAUGCCAUGGUACGCACUUAAUACAUCCAUAAUGAUACAGAAUUUGAGGGAUCAUUGCCCAUUGGUUAAACAGGUGUGGCUUGCAGACGACUCAGCUGGAGCAGGGAGUAUAGUGCAGUUAUACAACUGGUACAGGCAAUUGCGUAAGGAAGGUCAAAAGUUUGGUUACCUUGUGAAUGGGACAAAGAGCUGGCUUAUUGUGAAGUCUAGGGAACUCGCGGAGGAAGCAAAGAGGGUGUUUGGAGAGGAAGUCAACAUAACGACUGAAGGUCAGCGCCAUCUGAGAGCAGUUAUUGCGUCGCAAGAAUACAAAGAUCAGUAUUGUGAGGAGAAGGUUCGUGCAUGGAGAGAGGAAAUCGAACGUCUCUCUGAAAUAGCGAAGAGCCAGCCCCAUGCGGCGUAUAUUGCUUUCACAAAAGGCUACAAGUCGAAGUUCACCUACUUCGUGCGCACGAUUGAAUCGUUUGAAGUUUAUGUCGAUCCAAUCCAGGAAGUGAUUGAAGAUUUACUACUCCCAACUUUGUUCGGUCAAUCAGAGCCUCUCCCUAACGAGGUGCGCAGACUUGCUACCCUAGCAACAGGUCAAGGGGGUCUAGGAAUUCCUGAUCUGAAAUCCGAGGCACCGCAGCAGUUUGCUGCCUCGAGACUAAUAACCACCGCGCACGUAGAUUCUAUUACUUCACAGAGUUCCAUCAUGGUGUCAGGAGAAAGAUCUACGGAGGAGCUAAAGAGGCAUCAACAAUCACUUAAGAGAGCAAGUGCCAAAGUGAAAAUGGAUAGCAUUGAUUCAAGCCUCUCCCCAGGCCUGCUGCGUCUGGUUAAUCAAUCGAGGGACAAGGGCGCAAGUUCUUGGCUGAAUGCGAUGCCUCUCGCAGACAAAGGUUUAGCCCUCAACAAGCAAGAAUUCAGAGACUCGCUACGCUUGCGUUAUGGCUUGCCCUUAGUCGAUUUACCAAGUCAUUGCAUAUGUGGGGAUAAAUUCACCGUUAGUCACGCCCUCUCUUGUAAAAGGGGGUUUGUAGCGCAGAGACAUGACGGUGUACGGAACUUGUUAACGACAUUCAUCGACAAGAUCUGCAAUAAUGUCGAAAUCGAACCACGCCUCCAACCCCUGGACACGAGUUCUGAGGCAAGAUUGGACAUCAAAGCGGGAGGUUUCUGGGCAAGAGGAGUUACGGCAUUUUUUGAUGUUAGAGUUACGCACGUCAACUCCAAGUGUUACCAGAGCAAGCCAACAUCGGAAGUGUUCAAAGAGCAAGAAAAAGAGAAGAAGCGCAAGUACCAGCAGCGGGUGUUAGAUGUAGAAAUGGGUUCGUUUAUGCCUUUAGUGUUUGGAACCAAUGGCGGAAUGGGAAACGAGUGUCAGCGGUUCUUAAAGCAUCUCGCAGACAAGAUAGCUCAGAAAGACACCGAGCCUUAUCAUGUUGUAAUCACUUGGCUCAGGACACAGAUCUCGUUUGAACUCUUAAGAUCGGUACAUGCAUGCGUCAGAGGUUCGCGAACGCCGUCUCGUAGCAAGAUAGAGCAAUCAUUAGACUGUAAAAUAAAUGUCGCUAGUGCGGAUAUCUGA